AUGGACUACCCAUCAAGACAAGUUGUAUUUUUAAGAUAUCCCUGCUAUAUCUGUGGAGCCUCUUAUUCUACAGGACCUGCCACACUCAAUCACAUUAGCACUGCGCAUGGUCAAAGUCUACCCCGUCGUAGACCUGGAAUUAAACGGCCUUUUAAUAUGAACUACAGUUAUCAGCCCGAUAGAAAGAUGGGGUUCGAUUUAUCUCAUCAUGGUUGCAGUAGCUGCUGGUUCCAUUCCGGAGAUUAUGGAGAGCUACAGGAGCAUGUCAAAAAGGAACACACUACUGAUAAAGGCAACUUUAUCGAGGUAGAGAGUGGCGAUGAAGAAGAAGAGGAAGAAAUCCAAGAAAUACAUAAGGCUAAAACGGUUCGUUUUGAAGAUAGUAACAAGUCUAUGAAGGAUGAGCCAUAUGAUAUGACAGUGGCAACUACUAUAGCUCGGCAGAUAGUAGAUCUUGGGGCUAUGCUUACUAAAAUUCUUAAAAUGUAA